AAACAUGGCUCUGCUUUGUCAUAGUUGAUGUCUAACUUUCGUGUGGGUCAAGUAAGCAGCAUUAUAAAUUAACAGAUAAACAAGGCAGAGACAUGAGUUAUUCCUACUCCACCUCCAAGCAUGCACAGUCCCAACAUACUGAAACCAGUGAAGGCUACCCUAUGUUUGUUAUUUCUCCUAUCCUCAGCCCUGCUCGUGUCCUCGACACUGUCAGGAAAUGAGACAGACCGGCUGGCCAUGCUUGCCAUAAAGAAUCAGAUAACACGCGAAGCCCCUGGAGCUCUGAGCUCAUGGAAUAACACCAUCCAUGUCUGCGAUUGGGAGGGGGUCUCAUGCACCCGCAAGCGACACCCCGGGAGGGUCUCAGCCUUGGAGCUCGUCUCUCAUGGCUUGGCAGGUCCUCUCUCUCCUUUCAUUGGCAACCUCAGCUUUCUUCGAAGAAUCGACUUAUCAGACAACAGACUCUACGGUGAGAUCCCGCCGGAGAUCGGUCGCUUGCGCCGGCUGCACUUUCUUAAUUUGAGCUUCAAUUCAUUUGAAGAGGUAAUCCCUGUGAACUUUACGUACUGUUUGGACCUUCAGGUCCUCAGCCUGAGCUACAACCAACUAGCGGGGACGAUACCUGAUGAGAUCAGCAACCUAUCCAAGCUUAAAAUUCUGUCAGUAGCUGGAAACAACAUCACAGGAGUCAUCCCACCCUGGGUUGGUAAUCUUUCACAUCUGUCGGAGCUGUCUGUAGGGACGAAUAAUCUGGGGGGAGGCAUCCCAGAAGAACUCAGCCGCCUUGCUCGUCUAGAAGUCUUGGGUCUGGAAGAUAAUAUGCUCUUAGGUAUCAUCCCUGCAUCUCUUUACAAUCUUUCAUCCUUGCAAGUCUUGUCUGCUGAAGCAAACCAGCUGCAGGGGAGCCUACCAUCCGAUAUCGGCAUAAGACUUCCAGAUCUCCGAUCCAUUUAUCUUGGUUCAAACAAACUUGGAGGACCAAUUCCAGCUUCACUAUCUAAUGCCUCAAGACUUUCGAUUAUCAAUAUCCCAGAUAACGCGUUUACCGGGUUCAUGCCUACUGAUCUUGGAAGAUUGAAAUAUCUAUCUGAACUGUUUCUAGACAGGAAUCGAAUUGAAGCAGACAAUGUCCAUGGUUGGGAAUUCCUUACUUCUCUGAAAAAUUGCAGUUAUUUAAAAAGAUUAGUUAUGCUUGACAACAAACUAGGAGGUGUUUUGCCUACUUCAAUAGCAAACCUCUCCACACAACUUGAAUAUCUAGUGAUGGCUUCUAACCAAAUAUCAGGGAGUAUUCCAUCUGGGAUCAAAAACCUGGUCAAUCUAAAGGCACUAGGAAUGUUUGAAAAUCUCCUAACAGGUACCAUUCCGGAAGGGGUCGGAAAUCUUAGGCAGUUACGUCGUUUAGGCUUAUUUAACAACAGAUUUACAGGUUUUAUUCCAUCCUCCCUUGGCAACCUAACUCAGUUGAUCACUCUCGAUUUAUAUGUCAACGGCUUACAAGGACCCAUACCUCCGAGCCUUGGAAAC